GACCGGUGGCAGCAACCACCUGGCAACGGAGAGCGGCGGACAGAGGGACAAAGCGCAGGCCCCGGUCCCGGCCCCACAGCUCCCGCUCAGCAGCCUCACCAACCCACCAUGCGAGCGGGCAGGGUAUGCGCCGUGUCUGGCGGCUGGCAAGUGCGAGCGCUAAAGGACGAGGCAGGAACAAACGCUAAAAUCGCAAUGAAUGUCUAUAACAGCAUCCCCGUGGUGAGGCACAUCAUCAGAGACAGUGACCUGGGACGGAAGCAGGAUGUAUGCCCAAGGCCUGUGGACAUAAAUCGUAUUGCUGAUCUAAUAGAAGAUAAAUACUCAUGCAACCUUGUUGAAAGACAUCUGCAUGCUUUGAAGAAGCUGGUGAAACAUUAUCAGUUUGGUUUUCCAAUUAAAGACUUGGUUCAAGUCUUUAAAAUUCUUAAUCUUUGUGCAGAAAAAGUAAAAGAUCAGAUUGCUUAUGUAGAGCCAAUUUGUAACAUCCUCGAAUUGUGUGGCUUACCUUUUCUCAUGGAGAAAUCAACUGACGAACCAAACUUUGCCCAAGUUGUGUCUGAAUCUAUUUCACAAAUGGGAUACCUUCUGAGGAUACCUAACACAGAGAUCCGGUUGCAAAUUUGUGAUUCCAUCAUGAAUCUAUUUUGCAAAGAAUCUCCCAGAAAGGAAGUUGAAGCUUUUCAAGGAUUCUUUCCAACAAGUAGGAGCUACAAUAUCCAAAUGAUUGAAGAGAGUGGCGUGGUAGAAACUUUGGUCAUGGGUCUCACCCUAGUUGAAAACGAAAUGAAAGUAAAGUUAAAAAUAAUCCAGGCCUUGCAAUGUCUUUCGUCCUCAUCUGUGAUGAACUGUAAUUUGAUGUUGAAUGCGCAAGCAGCAAACAAAAUCUGCCGCAGUAUGAAUGAUCCAGAUCCAUCUGGACAACUUUUGUUUCUGUCAUCUGAGAUCUUAUGGAACUUACUGGAAAAGGCUUCCAAAGGAGAACUUGUUAAUCAGCUGAGAGAUUUUGAGUGUAUGCAUGCAUUGAAAGAAGCUUUUUUGAAUAAAAUGAUAAAUGGUCAUCGCCAUUCUGACCGUCAACUGCGUAACGACUUACUAGUAAUAGCCACAAUUCUGGCAGAGAAUCCAUUAAUUCCAAUGGUUGAAACUGGCUUUACUAAGGAGCUAGUUGCGUUUGCUGUAUUCCCUGAAGUAAUCAAUGAUAAUCCAUUGAUUCGUGGCCUGAAAAUCUCCUCCAAGAAUGAAGACUUUGAAAUGAAAAAGAUAUUUUUCCAGUUGCUUGUUGCUUUGACUAAUGAUCUUGCUUCCAUACAGAUACUUAGCAAAGGGAAAGUACUGCCGGGAUUAUUACAUUAUGUUGGGGAAAAUCGGAAAAGUGGAAUUCGAGGAUGGUCUGCUGCCCAGUUUGAAGAGCUUCAGCUUCAUGCCUUAGCUGCUUUGAUGGCACUUGCUCCCCUCAUGUUGGAAGAUUACAUGGCAUAUCAGGGAAAUACCCAACUGAUUCUUCUGUUGGAAUGGUGUGUGAGCAAAGAUCCAUACUUUGGUAAAGGCAAUUCUUUCCAUGCUAAUGGCUGCCAUGGCAAUAAGAAAGCUCAAAUGUUCCACUGCCUAAAACUCCUGAGAUCUAUGGCAUCUCUUGGUGAAGAAGCUGUAAACAAAAGCUUGUUUGAGCAAGGAGCCCUUAAUCAACUUGUAGAUAUCCUGAUAAACAUGGCAGGCAGCUUGGAGGAAGACAGUGAAAUUAAUUUGCACAUGCAAACUGACAUCCUCAUCAUCUUGUCCUGCAUCUGUGAAAAUGAUAUUCAUAGAAAGGAACUGUUUGGUGCUUAUGGAGUGGAAGCUCUCAUAAAAUUUCUAAUGAUUGAUCCAAAUAAAUUCUACAGUGGCAUGGGCCACAACAAACUUUUGCUGGCCACAGUUGAUUGCAUCUGGUGCUGCAUUGUUGGAUGCUAUACUGCUGAGGAUGCUUUCCUUGAAACCGGAGGCAUUUUUCUUCUCCUGGAUUUGCUUGAAUCAAGCUUAGAGUACAUGCACAGUUUGGUACUCGGGACAUUGGUGGAAUUAUGUGACAAUACCAAAACAAUCUAUCACAUUAAAAUGUGGCGUGGGAAAAAUGAUUUGACAGCACCCUGUCUUCUACUGUAUCUCUGGAGGCACAUCGAGAAAGGAAUGCGAGUCAAACGGGAUGGAUUUGGAAGGAUUCUAGAUACCAAGAAACCUCUAUCUGGGAUUAGCCAGGAACAACACGAAACAACCACUUUGCCAGCCAAUUACCAAAGUCCUGCAGUGAUAGACAUUUGUGAAAAUGCAAGGGUGAAGGUUUAUUCCAUUUUCUGUAAAUUAGGUUUUGAAGAUCUUCCUGGAUUAUCCACACUUGAUCAAGUCACACUUGCCAUUGUACAGCAUUAUUUAGAUUUGAAGGUGGGUGGUGUAUGGAAUGAAAUUGAAAAUGAACUUAAACAGGAAGCUAUCCAUCCUGUCAUUAGAGAUAUGGAUGGGUUGCACAUGAUAAUAAAGCAUUAUGAGAAUGUUAGCAGAGAAGUGGCACUGCAUCAAACCAACAUUCUUGACAAGCAGAAAAAACAUGACCUACUGGAUGAACAGAAAACGUAUGAUGAGAUACAACUCAACUUCAAACAAAAAGAAUUAUCCGCAAAAUCAUGGAAUAAGCUUGUGGCUAGGACAUCAAACUAUGAAAUUCUGAAGAAAGCUAAAACAUUUCAAGAACAAUCUAUCCAAUCUUCGAGGACUACGAAAAAACAAUAUGGCUACAUUUUCCACCAGCCUGAAAUUACAGGUUUAUGUACAACCGGUUUCUGGGGCCGUUUGAUCUCAAUGGAAAGUACAUCAUCGCAGUUUUUAGAAGAUUCAUUAUCCCAUGAAAAUCUUGAAGCUUCCAAAAGAGGUGUAUCGAAGAAAAAUAUAGAUGCUGCAACAAAAGCGAAAGCUAAGACAUGUCCUGCUGCUGUAAAAUAAGUGCACAAUAUCAAUCACAAUAAAUCAA